AUGCCGUCUUCGGUGUUAAAGACCGACGUGUCUGACGUCCAGCCAACGAACACGAUAUAUCGUCUGACCCAACCCGCGGGGUCAUAUCUUUUUGCCAACGCCAAGGAUGUCGAGACUGAAGAAUUCGAACGUGUAGUCACCAUCAACAUCCGGGGGCCAAUUUUGUAA